CAUAUAUGCUGCCACCAAUGGACAGAUGGCAUACCCAGUGUACACAGUGGGCGAAACUGGGACAAUGUACACCCCAGCAUCUGGCCAGUACUACUCCGGGAACACCACCGCAGUUACAUAUAGUCAGGUGGCAAGUAAUUUGACACAGGGAACUACUGCAGGUCAGCUGCUGGCUCAGGGGAACGGUGCCUACCUCAUCCAGCAAGGCAUAGAUCCAGAUGCUGCGCAUACCCUCAUUGCCGCCCAGAGAGCUAGUCCGCAGACAGUAACAGCUUGUGUUCCUUACCCGGCCAGUCUUCCAUUUCCUCUCCAAGCGCUACGAGCAACUAACAGGUAUGCUCUCCUUCACUCACUCUGUCAGGAUGCUGGUGGGGUGGCGUAUAUAGUCCCAGGGACUUCAACUACUAACCCUUCUUCUCUGGAUGGUGAAGGGCAUCCGAACCUCUCACACACCACCCGUGUCUCGCCGGCCACUGUUCAAUGGCUGGUGCAAAACUAUGAAGUGGCUGAGGGCGUGAGCCUCCCUCGUUCUACAUUGUACAACCAUUACCUCCGUCACUGCAGCGAAAACAAAUUAGAUCCUGUUAAUGCGGCAUCGUUUGGGAAGCUCAUCCGUUCUGUUUUUCUUGGCUUGAGAACCAGAAGGCUUGGAACAAGGGGUAAUUCGAGAUAUCACUAUUAUGGGAUUCGUGUAAUACCUGGAUCAGCAUUAAACCAGCUGUCGGAGGACGGAACGUCAUCAGGUGGUCGCCAGCAACCGUCAUCACAGAAACGCUAUAAAUUGCUGUCAGGCACAGGUGGUAAUGGGAAUGGUGGUGCUCAGAAAAUAGAAAGCCAGUAUGAGCAAAAUACCAAUCACUCGGCCAGCUCGAAUCACUCAAGUUCAUCACCACAGCAUCCUCAUCACCAUCAGUUCCUAGGUGAUGGUUCAGGAGCAAUACCUGACUUUCCAGAAAUAGAAUUUCCGCCAGGACUUGUCCUACCCGAGGACUGCACAUUGGAAGAUGUGGACACAUUACGUAGUAUCUACAGAGAACAUUGUGAGGCAAUCCUGGAUGCAGUACUGAACCUGGAAUUCCAAACAGUUGAGAGUUUGUGGAGAGAAUUUUGGCGAAGUCAGGAUAACAACAAUGGAGACGAAUGUGAAGAAGAGAAGUAUUUGUCCAAAACAAAGCUGUAUCUUUUAUCCAAGUGUGGGCCGGUCCAACAGUUUGUCCGACGCGUUGAUUACCUUUUUUAUCAGAAUCUAGUCGAAGUUCUCAUUCCAGAUGUCCUUAGGCCAAUUCCAAGUUCAUUAACGCAAGUAAUUCGCAACUUUGCAAAAGGCCUGGAAUCGUGGCUGACAGCAGCCAUGACAGGCUGCCCCGAGGAAAUGGUGAACAUCAAAGUGUCUGCCGUUAGUGCCUUGGCACAGACUUUACGGCGCUACACCUCACUAAACCAUCUCGCUCAAGCCGCGCGUGCUGUCCUUCAGAACUCUGCACAGAUAAAUCAGAUGCUGGUUGACCUUAAUCGAGUUGAUUUUCAUAAUGUACAAGAACAGGCAUCGUGGGUUUGUCAGUGUGAUGAUGGAAUGGUGCAGCAACUGGAAGCUGACUUCAAGGUGACAUUACAACAGCAAAGUUCUUUGGAAGAGUGGGCGGCGUGGCUGAAGGGUGUUGUUACGCAGGUGCUGAAACCUUAUGAAGGGAAACCAAACUUUGCCAAGGCCGCAAGACAGUUUUUACUCAAAUGGUCAUUUUAUAGCUCAAUGGUCAUCAGAGACCUAACCCUCCGAAGCGCGGCAAGCUUUGGCUCCUUUCAUCUGAUCCGUCUGUUGUAUGAUGAAUACAUGUUCUUCCUUAUCGAGCACCAGGUGGCGUUGGAGACAGGGGAGACUCCGAUUGCAGUCAUGGGAGAGAAAUACAAUAACAAUCCGUCCAGUGUAAGUGGCUACCUCCAGCCAGGGCCGUGUAAUGGGGGCAUGACUCUUACUAUGGGAGUUCCUGUCUCUAUUGGAGGGAAGAUGUCUCCCACAACCCUGCUUGUUGGAAAUAGUGAAGUGAACCACCAUCCAGUAGCCACAAAGCGCCUCAAGAUCAGCUAACAACUACAUCAAUUCUAGUCAUGGGGAGAUGAAUAUUUACCUCAGAUUUCAUCUUGCCACCUUAUGCCAUAUUUAUCAGAGGCUUAGAGCAACAGCUUGUGAAAUAUAAUUCAUUAUAGCAGAAUGCUCCAAUAAGUAGGGGACCAUCCAUGCAUUUGGCAUCUGUUCAGAUUACAACGUAACUUUUUAAGCGUACCAGAAAAUAAAUUUGAGGUGUAAAUGCUAGCUUGGCGACGAAACUUGAAAAGUAUGUAUAUUUGUCAAGCUGAAUGCUGCAAUUAAAUUUAAAUAUCUGCAAGAGACAAAGAACAGGAAAUAUUUUACAUAAAAUGAAGAUAACUGAAACAUGUUGUUUAUGUUUUUAGUUGGGACUAGACAGGGCAUUUAGAAAGCUAUUUUAUUAUAAGGUGUAGUUCAGUUCUUUUGGUUUCAUGGUGCUGUAGAAAGAUUUACUAAUAUUGUAUUGUGUACCUCACCAAGUAUUUGGAGGUUAUGUUAUGUGUGUAUGUAAGUAUACACUCCCUCCGCUUUUGCUGAUUUUGGAAGGAUAAAAAAAAAGUUGCAAUUUUUCAUUCGACGAAUAGUAUUUAUCCUUCCGACAGCUCUUUGUAAGUACUUAAUACGUGGUUUAUGAAAGGUGACAUGUUGCACAUUUUACAUCAUUGUUGUGCCUCAAAGUUUCAAAUUUGUCUCAUGUUCUAAUAAUGCAAUGGGUGCCAAUAUUCAAUAUGUAUUAGCGUACAUAUAACAUAAUUUAAUGCACUUCUGAGUUUAGAUGUUGGGUGAACAAGUUUUUAAUACUUCAGGUUUGUUGAACUUAUUUCUGUUUCAUGUUAUGUAACAGAAGUAUUCAUUAACUUUUUUAUUCUACGCAAGGAUGGUUUCAAGUUGACUUUUAGAAAAUAUUUUCUGCGUGCGCAGAAUAUGCCGGUCUAGCGUAUCGUUACUUUAAGAACAAUUUCGUAUAAGUCAUGCAAUCAUAUGGCACCGCUUAAAAUGAAACUGAAUUUAAUGUGUGAUGUGAUUCAUAAUAAUGCUCUCUGUUUUGUAAUCAGCAUCACAGUUACGUGUUUUCGUGUCGUGUGAAACUACAUCAGAACAGCACCAUGUUGCCAAACAACUAUACAAUAUAAUACAUAAGAGAGUUACUAUUUGUGUUCUCAGCACAAAAUCCACAGAAUGUUGACGAGCUUAUUCAAAAAAAAAAAAAUGAAGAGUUAGGCACAUUCACACCAAAAUCCUGAUCAAGCAAGAAUUUAUAACAUUGACUAAAAAACAUUCUUCCUGCUGCAUUUUUGCUCAAUAUUCCAUCCAUCCAUAAAGUAAAUUAUUCUUUUUAAUUGUUAAUUGUAAUGGAGAAGGAAUGAGGAGGGUCUGAAUAUGUAGGAUUCUGAUACAUUCCUUAAAAUACAAUAUGAGUACAAUAUUAGUUUUGUUAAUUAUA